AUGGAGAGCGAGAAGCUGCACCUUUUGGAUCAUGAGGAUGAGUGGUCUUUGGCCUUGCAAUGCGGCCAUCUUUUGGCACUUCAGCUUGAGGCUGAAGCAAGCCGUAUGCUGGAAUGUCCGCCAGAUGAGGUUAAGAUAAUUUUGUCAACGGGCAUCCAGCUCAGCAAUGCAAUUCAGGCUUCUUCCGCUGCUACAGCUCGCCUGCAGCGACUAGUGUUUGAGCUACGAUGCAGGUGCUUGACUGCCUACAAGGACCUGUCAAAUAGCCACAGCCCAGAGCCCAUGCAGGUGGUCGCAGAGGAUCGAAGAGACAGCAGUCAAUCGUAG